CAUCGCACAGAGCCUUUUGCGAUCACGCGCUUCUUCGCAGCAAGUCCAGGCAAGCAAAUAAGAAAGCAAACUAGCUAGCUAGUAGAUGACAAUAGAGGAGACACUUCAAGAACUGCUCCGUUUACGUCCAGUCCGCGACCUGUCCGGGAAGCUAGUACAGUAGCCAGUUAGAACACAACAUGACUUCACAUUUGGAUGCCUCCAUUGUAUUUGAAGGCUACAGCUUUAGCCAACCUCCAGCCGCCAGUGCACCUGCAAGAAAGCCAAAGACCAUGUCGGGAAAGUCAGGUCGUCGAACAACCAAGGGAGAAAUGGACGGUUCAGCGUCGAGCCGUCGAAGCAACACAAGUCACCGCAGCAGCAUGCAAGAUCAUUCCACUCGUUCCAGAAGGUCCAGCACCAUUGAUUCGUCCAUGCAUGAUUUUUCCAGUAACUCCGACGAAGGACGACCGAGUGGCGUCGUGGGAGGGAGCUACUUUGACAUGGAAGAAAGCUUUGAACAACCAGGAGCUCCCAAGAGAGCGUUGGGGAUGAAGCUGUCCGACAGGAAUGCUGGAGAUGCCGUCUUUCGAACAGACAGGCCCACGUGGACCCAGAUCUUUACGAAGGGUGGAGCAUCAUCCAACCGCCACCAUCAGCAUGAUCAUGAUGAGAAAAGGCGAUCGUCCCGCAGCAGCGGCGGCAAGAGCAAGAGCAAACGAAAGUCAAAACCCAAGGUCGCAUCAGAGGCUCCAAACUAGAUACCUGGUACGGUAGAGGAUACGUGGGUUCUGGAUGAAUUUAAUUUGAUUUGCGUUGUAAGAUAAGAUCGUCAGUAGUCAAGCCAAACUAUACUUACAGUACUAUAGAAAUAUUGCUCAAACUAUCUUAGAGACAGUGAAAAAUUAAAGUAACGAAGUAAAGAACGAGACACCGAAGUCUGC